AAACCAGGUUGGCAGUCCUAACACGUCAGAGCCAACGAUUGUCAAGUUACUUCAUUCGGUUUCGUUUCACACAAAUUUACGUCCCCGCGGCCACCUACGGCAUAUGUCACCAGAGCGGUGUGUGUGUUCAUGCCUUUUACCUCCAUGGAUCGUGUACGGGGGAGCGAUUGAAUAUUAAUUAUAUUAGGAAUGUUUUUAUUAAAAUAACACAAGUGGUAGAGGAUGUGAACGACAAGGUUUCAGCCAUCAUAAUAGGAAAUAGUGACGAUGGAAGUUCGGGCUGCAAGUUUGUUCGGAUCGCAAUUAACUUGUAUCGGUAUAUGCGGCCAUGUUUUCUUGUAGCAGAAAUCUUCCCCAUUAAUAAUUUGGAAUUGUUGAUCGUUUGUGGAUCUCGAAAAGGAGCCUACAGAAUGCCGAAAUGCGAUGUGAAAACAAGAUACCUGCCAGCAACGUUCGCGUGGACGCUUCUACUUAGCACUACCACACUCUUCUUCUACUUCCCAUGCCGGUAUUACAUAUCCAAUUAUAUAUGGGUACCCGCGCUCCAAGGAGUCAUUACAUUCUUUGUUUUGGCAAACUUUACACUGGCUACCUUCAUGGACCCUGGUGUUAUACCAAAAGCACCUCCAGACGAAGACAGAGAAGAUGAUUUUCGAGCUCCACUUUACAAAAAUGUUGAAAUAAAUGGAAUAACCGUGCGCAUGAAAUGGUGUGUCACUUGCAAAUUCUAUAGACCCCCGCGGUGUUCGCACUGCAGUGUUUGCAAUCAUUGCAUAGAGACAUUUGAUCAUCACUGUCCAUGGGUAAAUAAUUGCAUUGGUCGAAGAAACUACAGGUUCUUUUUCUUUUUUCUAAUGUCGCUCAGCUUUCAUAUGCUCAGUAUAUUCGGACUUUGUCUGUACUUUGUUCUCGAGAAGAAAGAAAAGCUAGGUGAAGUAGACACGAUCGUUGCUAUGGUAUUAAUGGGUGUGGUAACACUACUUUUCAUUCCCAUAUUUGGAUUAACUGGAUUUCACAUAGUACUUGUGUCCAGAGGUCGCACAACAAACGAGCAAGUGACUGGAAAGUUUAAAGGAGGUUACAAUCCAUUUUCUCGAGGGUUUUUACAUAAUUGUUGUUAUACGCAAUUUGGUCCACAAUAUCCGAGUUUAAUAAAACCUGAAAAAUAUUCAGGGAAAAGGCGCGGAGCGUGCACCUCAGAGAUAUCUACUAUAGAUAGCGAAAACCAGGUAAAAACCUACAUGGAUAGCAGCAACGGUGUUAGAAAUGCCAGUUCAAAUGCUUACAAUAAGUUGUCUCCUGGUCGAGAUGGGUCGGACACAGAUAUGGAGCCGACAGCUUCGCAAUCAGCUGAUUGUGAACCAACACCACCAUUACAGCGACAUGGGUCUAAAAGCAACUUCUUUCUACCACCUGUAGAAGGUAGUGAUUCUCCAAGGCACCCGCCAUCGUCGCAACAUCGUCAUCCAAUGCAUUACCCUAGAGGCAGUCCACACCCAAGGCCAAGAGGCAUGGAUGGAUCCCGAAGUCAUACUCCUGAUCCUCUGUCACCAGAGGCAGGUGGCGGUUCUCCAGCCCAAGGACCUCAACGUGGUCAAGGACAAGUUGGGGCUAGUCCUACCAUGCAACAACGCAUCAAAGCCAUCGGGGUACCAACACCGCUUGCUAUUUCCAGCCCCAUUCGCAGAUCCAAUCCUGGAACACCGACGCAGGUACGCCGACCAGAUUUCAUCGGUGUAACCGAAGCUCCUACAUACUAUGACAUACAACAAACCCUCCAUGGCCCCCAGGGUAACAAUGGCACAGGGGCAGCAACAAACUACAGUCCCCAAAGACGUUUUCUUUCUGAAGGUGAAUUAGUACGCCAGGGAAAUGAUCUCCCUUAUGCCAGGACAACAAAUACUGUUGACAAUAUCCGAGAAUUAGCCAGCUCUCCGCAGCGAGGUGUUUACAUGUGGAAGGAUACCUCGCCAGGCAGCUAUCCAGUUCCAGCUGGUAUUCCGGUUCAUCAAUCUCCCUCCCAACGACCUCCCCCACCUUACGAUUACUAUCGUUCAAAUCCCACUAGUCCUACACAGCAACCAUAUACCAAUGCUCCUAGAGCAGUUUAUCACCCUGCAAUGCGUGGCGGUGUUCCAGUCUUCCCACCUCAUCAGCCCCACCAGUCUCCUCAAGUGAAGAGAAAAACUAUGGCCACGCCGACAACUCCGACAUCGGGCGACGGACGUCGCAGGCCAAUGUCGUUCGUAAGGGCUCUGGAAAUGACGGAUUCUAUGGAAAUGGUAGCUGCGCCUAGUGAUUCAAGAUCUCAGAGGCCUACGACCCCUACGCCUGAUCGUGCAAGUGUUUACGAUAUGAACUAUGAAAUAUCGGUAUAACCCACAGCUUCAAUCUCCAUUCCAUCGUACGGUUGGGUGGAGGCCAGUAACAAACCACUAGCCAUAUUACGUUUCGUUGACUCGAAAUACAUGGGGACUUAUACGGGUUAUGAAAUAUCUGUUUGAAUUAUCUAUCAAUCUGUGUCCCAGUUGGUAUGUAAUGAUUUACGCGAUGUGGUACUACGGUACAGCUUUCAUAUCGUAUUUCCCCCAAAGUCAUCCAGGAUAUUCACAUCACGGUUCAUGAUUUUAUUGAAUUCACAACGAUCAUAUCCUCGAGGAUUGGAGAUCUAUACAAGACAAAUAUUGACAGAAACCUAGAGUAGUUCCAGAAAAUCUGGCUGUAUAUUCAUGCUAUUCGCGGAUACUGUUAAAUAUUGGAAGUAGGGAACGUCUCUUCAAAAUUUUCGUUACACCCUAUGUCUUGUAACAGCAGCAUAUUACAUAACGUAUUGUUCCGAAGAUACGUCGAUCCUGGACAUAAGUGCAAGAUUUGAGUAAGACCCCUAGUCCUCAGUUUCCAUUUCAGGCCUUUUUUUUAGGUACUGAACAUAAGUCACCUUUUAUGACAAAAUUGAUAUCACAAGAUUAUAUUUACAUAUUAAUUUAUAAAUUGCAAUUUUUUUUUAAGUAGGUAUAUUUAUCAAUGGAACUUAGGUGGAUUAAAAUUUCGCAGCGUGAAUUUCAUUGGUCUAAUUUUAUGAUUGAACUGUUUUUAAAAAACAAUUUCAGUUUGUAAAGGAAAUUUUCUAAAAAUUCCGAAUAUAAGUAGACCCCGCAUAUGAAUUGAGGUCGUUUUUUUGGGGGUCAUGUUAUCAACAAAAAAAACCUCGACUUAUAUUCGGAACAAUACCUAUCAUACAAUACAACAAAAGUAACAACUUCAUACCGUUGUUGGCUCGAGACUUAUCGUACUACGUAAAAUUCGAAUACUUUAUGCGCAAAGAAGAAAAAACUUUCUUUCGUAUUGCAGUAAUCACACAAAACUCGUCCAACUAUUGUAGUGUAAAGCGAACGUUGAUAGCGAAUGUCAUUUCAAGUAACUUUAAGACGGCAGAAGAUGACUAGAGUUUUCGUAAUCCAGUUUCCAAUUCUGCAAAGCAUCUGCUCUUAUUAGUAUUUGUUGCUAUUGAUUCGAAUUAAUCUAUUUUUAGUAUUUGUUGAGACCGGUUUACACUUUUAUACAGUGUUAUCGUGGCUUGAAAGUAAGAACCACACAAAAGAUGGAUAUUUUUAUUUAGGUGUUUAUCACGUUGUGGUUAUCAUGGCGAAAUGAACCUUAGCGAUCACAAUUCUGAAAACCCUUCAAAUAACACCUCUACCUGUCCAUUAACAAAGUUACUUAAUCAACUCAAGUCAUGAUAAAAAUUAGAAUAACAAAUUCAUAUGUGUAAAAUAAUCGUGAAAUGUGUAGUAAGUUUUUAAUAUACAUAUUUAAAAAUAUUUAUACACAAAUAAUAAAUACAAGACUUUUUAAUUUUUUUCUAUUUGUUACGACCCUUAUAUUAAUUUAGCAACAUGUCCGUUCAAAUCUUGAACAAUUUGUUUUGCCAGAGAUUCUUCUUGACAAAGAAAAUGCCAAACCAUUAAUUAAUAAUUGCGUCUCCGGAAUUUGGUUUAGUUUCAUAGUUUGACCGACAGUUUAUGUGACUAGCAGAUAGGAAACUCAUCUUGCGGGGCAGGAAACAAUUUGUAAUAUAAACGUUAAACUUAUAUAAUAGUUAUAACUUCAUUGUCCCUGUGAUUCUUUGUAUGAUUCAAUGUAUUUCUGAUUCAUCAUGUACAGAGCUAUAAGAAUCCGAAUUACCUACUAUUUUGUCGACUUUAAGCAUACCAAUACUGGUCUCGAUAUUGUGUACAAGUUGUUAAAUACAAGAUACAUAAUUGACGUUAAUCACAGUUAAUGGAAGGAUUACAGCAAUCGUUAUUGUUACUAUUAAUGAUGCUACUGUUGCUAUUAUUUUCACAAUCAUCGUGAGUAUCAUAUUUUUUAUAUUUUCCUAUCAAGUAAAAAUUUUCUUCAUUUUUCUGUCAUGAUAGUUGCGUAAACAGUUAUGCGUGUAUAAAGUCAAAGUAUUUGUUUGAAAUUAACGUCACUGUAACGACGCCGUUGGAUUACUCUUGUAUAAACGUAUACCGAUGUAUUAAAAAAAUAAUUUGAUAUAAAGUGAUCUACUGACUUGAA